AUGGCCGCGGUGGUGGUGGUGGUUCUGCUGGCUCUAUUAGUUGCGUUGUUCGCCGCUGGCGUUGCUUAUGAAACUAUAAUUUGCUACUUUCUGACGCCGAGACGCAUCAAGCAAGCCAUGGAAAAGCAAGGAGUGCAUGGCCCAAAACCCAGGUUUCUGAUCGGCAACAUGAUGGACGUCGCCGCCAUGCUCGCCCGCUCCACCGCCGCCCCCAUAGACUCCGGAAACCACGGCGUCGUCCCCCGCCUCCUCCCCCAUUUUGUCGCCUGGUCCAGGGUCUACGGCAAGAGAUUCAUCUUUUGGAAUGGGGCGGAGCCAAGGUUGUGCUUGACGGAGAUUGAGCUGAUCAGAGAGCUUUUGUGGAAGUACAGCACCAAAGCCGGCAAGUCAUGGCUGCAGCAAGAAGGGUCCAAGCAUUUCAUUGGACGCGGCGUGCUCAUGGCCAACGGCGACGAUUGGCUCCACCAGCGAGGCACCGUUGCACCUGCUUUCAUGGGGGAGAAACUCAAGAGCCAUGCUGGGCACGUGGUGGAGUGCACCAAGCAAUUGCUGCAAAAACUAGCGGACGAGUUGGCGGCGGGUCGGAUCGAGUUUGAGAUAGGCGAAUACAUGUCUCAGUUGACGGCGGACAUUAUUUUACGAACCGAGUUUGGCGGUAGCCACGACAAGGGCAAGCAAAUCUUCCAUUUACUCAGACUUUCCCAGCGUCUCUGUGCCCGCGCCAGCCGCCACUUGUGCUUCCCUGGAAGCCGGUUUUUGCCCAGCAAAUACAACAGAGAAAUAAAGUCAAUAAAAAUGGAGGUGGAGAGGGUGCUGAUGGAGAUGAUACAGAGGCGGAAGGACAACGUGGAGAUCGGCCGGAGCAGCUCGUAUGGGAGUGAUUUGCUCGGAACGCUGCUGAACGAGAUGCAGAAGAAGAGAUCGUCAUCGUCGUUGUCAGGAAAUGGGUUUAGCUUAAACUUGCAGGUGAUAAUGGACGAAUGCAAAACCUUCCUCUUCGCCGGCCAUGAAACCACCGCUCUCUUGCUCACUUGGACCGUCAUGCUUCUCGCCACCAACCCCGCUUGGCAAGAUAGAGUUCGGGCCGAGGUCAACCGCGUCUGCGGCGCCUGCGCACCCUCCCCUGAUCGUCUCUCCAAGCUCUCCCUGUUAAACAUGGUGAUCAAGGAAUCGCUGAGGCUGUAUCCGCCAGCUUCUGUUCUUCCCCGAAUGGCGUUCGAAGACAUCAAACUGGGCGAUCUCCACAUCCCGAAGGGGCUCUCAAUAUGGAUCCCAAUGCUUGCGAUUCAUCACAGUGAGGAGUUAUGGGGCGAAGACGCCAGCGAGUUCAAGCCGCAGAGGUUCGCCGCCAAAUCAAAUUCUAACGGACGGUUCUUCAUCCCCUUCGGCGCCGGCCCCAGAAACUGCGUUGGCCAGGCCUUUGCGAUGAUGGAAGCCAAGAUCAUAUUAGCCAUGUUGAUCACAAGAUUUAGCUUCGUAAUCUCUGAGAAUUACCGCCAUGCACCGGUUAUUGUCCUCACCAUCAAACCCAAGCACGGAGUUCAAAUCUGUCUGAAGCCCUUGGAUUAAUACUUUUAGAGUAAACUCUUCCGAUGAAAAUUAGAUUUUCAUUGGGACUAGUGAAGAAAGUAACGUUUAGUAAAAC